AUAAUAGUAGACGGUUAUGAAGGCACCAAGAUUUUGGGUUUAACUUGUCACAUUUCAAGAGAUUCCGCAAUUUUAAGAGCUUUAGCGUUUACUCUGUUGUCACCUUUGUUGUCGCCUAAAAACUAUGAGUUGCACUUGCCGACGACUCGAGACGAGGUGAUGAGACAUAUGUUCAGGAUUUACUCACAACUUGUACGACAGCCAAGAAAUGUAUUAUCAUUGCUAUUGGAGGUUCAAACCACUUUAAUUGCUAGAGGAUAG